AGAUAGUAUUUUUAAAGAGUUAAGUUUACUAACUGUUAGUCAUUAAAAAUAAUUAUUUAAUGGAAAAUCAACGGAUAACUAAAUAUGUGAAAUCUACCUCUUCUUUGAAUUCUAAAUAAUCUCCUAAAUACAUCUAAUGUAAAAUAGAAUAACAUAUCAAAUAGAAUCAAAUUUGCUCACUUAGCAACAUCCAACUUAAAUAUUAAAGAAAUCUGUAUAAUAAAAUAUUCCAUUGAUACCACUUAAAUAAGUAAACAACAUACUUCCAACAAGAGAAACUCCUAUUUUCAAACAAAAUUAAGAUGAAAUAUACUCUUACUCUAAGUAAAAAAUCAUAAAAAUACCAAAUUAGAGAUGCCAGUUGUUUAAUGGCAAAAUUAGAUUCCCUUAUAGAAAUUAAAUCAUCAGAUAGUCCUAUAAAAAGUCAAGUCUCUCCUAUACCUUCUAUAUUAUAGAGUUUAGUAGUUCAUAAUUAAACUAAUGCUCCAAAAACUUAACUUUUAUAACAAGUUGCUUGUUCUAGUUGUGUGGAACCAUUUAAAAUUUAUAAUAAUAACAAAAAUGUUGCACAAAGUUAAUAAAUAAUUUAAACACAUUCUUCAAAAAGGAAUUAUGAAACUAUGAUUGAAACCUUAAUGAAAGAAUAAGAACUUUUAGUUAGAUAAUAUACUGAUAAAAUUACAAUUUUAUAAAAGAAAACCUAAGAACUUUAAAAUGAAAACAACAACUUAAUUUAAUAAAAUUAGUUAUUUUCGGAAUAAAAUUUAUAGUUAAAUGAAGAAAUAACUCACCUAAAAUCAAAAUAAUUUUCAAUCAAUAAAACUUAAUAAAGUUUAGAUAAAGAGAAGACUGUAGAAUAUUUUGAGAAUCAAUUAGAAUAGAAAAAAAAAGAACUUAAUUAAUUGAUGUAGAAAAUGAAUGAAAUUCUUUCAAUUAGUUAGAAAACUGAAGAAAAAAAUAAUGAUUUAUCAUAACAAAUUAAUACUAUUUUAGAAUAGAAGGAAAAAGAAAUUAAUGCAUAUUUUACAUAGAUAACUAUUUACAAAUAAACAAUCUAAGAUCUUGAGUUUAAAAUUACAUAAUUUAUUUAGAAUGAUUAAACAUAAUAGAAAAUCUUGAAGGAAGCAUAAAAUAAAAUUGUAUAGAUAGAACAAUAAGAGAAAAUAAAAUAAAAUUCAUUGCAUUUAUAAUAGUAGAUAAAAGUAAAAUAUUAUUUUAAAUUAAAUUAGAUAAAUGUAAAAGAAACAUUUGAAUAUAAACAAUUAGUCUUGGAGUUAGAUAGCAAAAAUGUUACAAUAUAAGAAAAAGAAAACUAAAUUGAAACUUUAAAGAUUAAAAACUAGAUGAUUUAAUAAUAAUUAAUACAAACAUAAAUAAGUUAGACAUCUUUAAAAGAACAUUAAGAGAUAAUGAUAUAAAGAGAAAUAGAAAAUGAUAAUUUAAAAUCAAAUUUGAUUAACAAAGAUGAAGAAAUUUAGAAAUUAAAUUAAUAAUUAAAAAUGGUUAGAAAAGAGAAGGCUAAAUUAUCAAUAAGUUUAAUGAAUGCAGGAAUGGCUAAUCUUAUGAUGGUAUCUUAGAGUUAAGUUUAAUAAGAAGAGAUUACAGUUUGAAUUGAUUAAAAAUUUAUUUAAAAAUAAAAAC